AUGGGGAAGCACGACUUCCUGACGCCCAAAGCCAUCGGCAUCCGCAUGAAGGCUAAAGGUCUGCAGAAGCUGCGGUGGUUCUGCCAGGUGUGUCAGAAGCAGUGCCGGGACGAGAAUGGCUUCAAGUGUCACACGACGUCCGAGGCGCACCAGCGCCAGAUGCUCAUCGUGGCCAACGACCCGGACAAGUUCAUGAGCGGCUACAGCGAGCUCUUCGAGGAGGCGUUCCUCGAGAACCUGCGGCGCCGCCACGGCACCAAGCGGAUGCGCGCCACGCACGUGUACAACGAGUACAUCCAGGACAAGAUGCACGUCCACAUGAACGCGACGCAGUGGGAGACGCUCGGCAGCUUCGUGCAGUACCUGGGCCGCACGGGCAAGUGCGUGGUGGACGAGACGGAGAAGGGCUGGCACAUCCAGUACAUCGACAGAGACCCGCGCGCGAUCGCGCGGCAGGAGGAGCUGGAGAAGAAGAAGAAGGCGGAGCUGGACCACGAGGAGAGGAACCGGCAGUUCAUCGCGAGGCAGCUCAAGAUCGCCAGCGAGAAGGAGAAGGAGGGCGCAGCGGGCACGCAGCAAAGACCCACCAAGCUGCAGCGGGUAGAGAACGGGGAGAAGAUCAAGAUGGCGAUUGGCUUGAAGGCUGCUGGCAAGAAGGAGAGCGGCAUGAAGAAGGCUGCGGGGCUCGGUGAUUCUGCUUCGAGUGUGUUUGAGGCGGUGGACAGAGGAGAUGAGAAGAAGGAGCGAAGAGAGAAGGACAGGGGCGAUAAGGGCGACAGCAAACGCUCUGGGAAGAGACACGCGGUGGACGCGAUUAUGGAGGAGGAAGAGCGCCGCAAGAAGCAGCAGAGUCGACGCCUGGAGGACGAGUCGAAGCGCCAGCGCAAGGAGAACUGGGUCACCACGGGCAUUGUCGUCAAGGUGGUGAACAAGAAGGUGGGCGACGGUCAAUACUACAAGUGCAAGGGCGUGGUCAAGGAUGUGGAGGACAAGUUCUGCGCCACCGUGGAGCUGCUCGACUCUGGAGACGUGCUGCGAUUGGACCAGGAUGACCUGGAGACCGUGAUCCCCAAGCCGGGACGCAAGGUCAAAGUCGUGAACGGACUCGGCCGAGGGUGCGUCGCGAAGCUGCUCGACAUUUCCGUGGACGACUUCUGCGCGCGCAUCCGCAUCGACUCCGGCUCCCACAAGGGCGAGGUCCUGGAUCGUGUAGAAUACGAAGACAUUUGCAGACUAGCAGACGAAUAG